CGCCUUCCAAUUGGACAAUCUGUUUCGUUUCCCAGUUUAUAUUUAGCAACAGUUUCGGUUUCUUAGUAAAAAUAAUGGUAGCCUACACUUCGACUAUAAAUAUAUAAAUAGAUAGGGCUACACUAUUUAAUUAUUUGGGUCAUGAGGCUAAGAGAAACACUUUGUGGAUUUAUAAUUAAUAGAAGCUUUUUAAGGCAUUUAACAGAAAGCGUGCAUUCUAACUGCUUAACAGAAUAAUGGAGAACCAUAGAGAGUCACGCAAGCGACUACGACCAUGGCUGGAGCGUAUGAUAAACAGCGGGGAAUGUCCUGGACUAGUCUGGGAGAAUAGAGAUGAUAGAACUUUCAGAAUUCCUUGGCGCCACUUCAACAACAAGGAAUGGGUUGAAGAAGAUUCUAAAAUUUUCAGAGAGUGGGCCAAAUACACAGGGAAGUAUCAAGACGGUGACAAGGUUGAAUAUCCAGUUUGGAAAACACGACUCCGAUGUGCUUUGAAAAAAAUUCCUGAAAUUGAGGAAAUUCCUGAAAAGCAUCAUCUAGAAGAUGCGGAUCCGUACAGGGUGUACAAAUUUGUUGAUGUUUGGUCUCAGCGUCUUACGAAAAGAUCUAGUUUCAAAUCAUCUCCACCUGUCUUUAGCCAAACAUCGAAAUUAGCCAAUGUGCCGAGAAUUGUGUUUGACGAGGAGAUUGUUUAUACUAUGUCUCCGGUGAAAAAAGAGUCUUCAGACAUUGUCUUGCGUUGCGAGGACAGCGAAAACCUAUCCACAUUACCGAAAAUAGAGCUCUACGCCGACGAGAUAUCAGGUCAGCAGGGCGGUAAUUGUCAUUUUGCUGGCGUGAAUCUGACGGAUAAUGUGUCGCAAAGUAGCGAGUCAAUUACAAGCUUGCCGUCUGAUUUGAAGUCAGUCAACACGGAUGAACUCUGUUUGCUGGAAAGCUUGGAACUUCCAAUCUCGAUGGAGAGCUCUCCCAACCCCAGCCUCGGAAGCUAUGCUCAGAAUAUGGGUGAUAUGUCAGUAGGUGAACCAUUAAUGAUCUCUCCCAGCAUUCCCAUCAUGCACAUGGCUGUGUAUUAUGGCUCUCCAAGCGUGCCAGUGAUCGCUGUAACCAUACAGGGACCUGGAAUCAGGUUUUUCGCACCUAACAAUAUCAGCCCAGUGAAUUUGACGAACAGUCUUGAAGAAACAUUAUUUGGGCCCAAGGAAGUCUACCAGAUGGCACUUCCUGGACCAGAUCAGUACCUGACUGGAACAAGUGGUAGCUUUCAGCAGAACUGUCUUAUCACGAAGCUUUUGGAGAACAUGGAAAGAGGCGUGGUUCUAACAAACGAUGACUCCGACAUUUACGUCCGACGCUUGUGCAAAACGAGAGUGUUCUUGACCGAUGGCUUAUCUGAGAGUACGUUGAUUGGCAGAAAGGGGGACUCCCUCACGAAAGCCUUUGACUACAAAAAGUUUUGCAAAGAGUAUGAAGAGUUUAGACAUGGUCUGAAAAAAGAUUUGCCCAAGCCAUUCUUUAUAUUAACAUUAGGACAGGAAAUAAGGAAAUCGCAUUUUCAUCCCAUGAGUAACAUUUUAAUCUAUGUCGUGGUAAGACAUGAUUUGGCAACAAAGAUCAUAUCCCAAGAUCCCAAUGUCAGUCAUUCUUCACCUAAUGCUUUGUAUUCUUUUGAUUCUUAUGAUAAAUUACUUGAAGACGUUAAAAAAGUUGUAUUUUGAACAUAGUGACGUCUACAUUUUAUUUUGUUUUGUUUUGUAAUAGGUAUUUUAUUUGUAUUGCGUUUUUUUUUCCCCAUUGAACUGUGCAAUAGAUCUGCAAUAUUUAUAAUGUUGAGAACACAGACCUAUAUAAUAUAGGCCUAUAUAUCUAUGGUCUGGAAUAAUUUUUCUUUUAUUCUUUUUUUUUUUUUUAAAUUGGGUUUCUAGGCUAUAUAUACUGGACAUUAUCAUGUUAAACUAAACAAUAUCAAGGACGCUAAAUUAAAUUUCAUUGUUGCCAACUUAAUUUUUUUUUAAAGAAGUGAGCUAUAAUUUUAACAAUAUAUCAAUGCGUGGCAGUUUCCAUAACUUUCGUAUCAAGACUCCUUUAUUAACGCUUUAGUUAGUUGUCCAUUUCUUUUUUUUUUUAAUAAGUUUUUAAGUCAUAGAAUAAAAGUCGUAUGCUUCCUCCAUGUUGAAAUUAUUUAGUGCUAAAAAUGAAACUAUAUCCACGGGAAGAUAUUAGAAAAUUUAAACUUUCAAAGCUUAAAAAAUGCGCAAAAAUGAUCCUUUACUUUUUGAAACAAAGAUUUGUUCAACACUUUCUUUAGUAGGUCUACACCGGAUACACCUAAAAGCCAUGCCCGAGAAAAUCUCCAAUAUUUUUUAUUUAUUUAUUUAUUUUUUAUGCAGCGGUUUUAGAUCAAGAAUGCUGAUCUUUUUAUUACUGCAAGCAAGUUUUAAUCUGAAGUAGAGAAUGCGUUUUAUAUUUUUUUAAUUUUUUUUUUUAUUUUUUGUUUGACUAUUAAAUUUUGAUCAAUGUUAAAGUACCGUAUUUGGUCCUAUAAUAAAACGAAAAACACAAUUACAUCGUCUCUUUCUUUAUCUAGUUUUAUCACUCUUUCUGUCUCUGUCUCUCUGUCUGUUUCUGUCUCAGACCAAGCUACUUUUGAAAGUUGAGAACAUAACGUGAACAUUAGCCUACCUUAGCUUGACUAAAAUGAUUAACUUGAACCAUACAAUGUAUACUCCUAGUAUCUCUUUGAACCGAUCGAUGAGUUAAAGGGUCCACCCCCUUUUUGUUUUUUGUUUUUUUGUUCAGAAUUUGUUUAUUUGUAUUUAUGUGAUGGGCUCUAAAAUAGUCACGUUGGCUGAAUGGAGUUUAAUUUCAUCACCUAGUUUUGAGCUGGUCUCCUCGUAAUAGACAACGCUGAGGUACAUAGUGUCGAGUGAUAGGGCUACAUGCGUAUUGAAAACUUUCUACUACGGUAUGGUCUAGUUAUACGUAGGUUUGUUGGAUUGAAAGAUUUUAAAAAAUAUUUUAUCGAUUCAAAUAAAUAAAGUAAUUUUUUUUUCAGCAUUUAACAUAC